UCCCAUCAGCUUCACGCACACACAUCACGGCCCUUCAUAAAACCCACGAUUACUGGAUGUUGAGGCAAGUACCACCUCCUCUCUACCUGUCCAUUUAUUCCCCAGCCCAGCACACCUGUCUGACUCCCCAGGUGUCUCUCCGGGGGUUAUAAAUCACGAGAAAAUCGCAAAAAAUAAGGUCGGGUCCUCUCUCUGUCCACUGUGUCCCCUUCGCCAUGUUGUAGCGUCGUCUCUGAUCAAUAGACAGCCAUGGUGGGGACGCGUGUGUACGUUGGGGGCCUGAGCUACCGUGUGGGAGAGAGGGACCUGGACCGCUUCUUCCGCUCCUACGGCCGCCUCAGAGACAUCGUCAUUAAAAACGGCUUCGGAUUUGUGGAGUUUGACGACGACAGGGACGCAGACGACGCUGUGUACGAGAUGAACGGAAAGGAACUGCUGGGAGGAAGGGUGACGGUGGAAAAGGCCCGCGCAGCUCCUCGCCUCCGCUGGCCCCGCGCUCCACCCCCUAGAGGCUUCCAUUCUAGCCGGUUUGGCAUGGCGGCGCGGACUGACUACCGCCUCACUGUGGAGAACCUGUCGAGCCGUGUGUCGUGGCAGGACCUCAAGGACUUCAUGCGGCAGGCCGGGGAAGUCACCUAUGCCGACGCCCACAAGUACAGGAGGAACGAAGGUGUGGUGGAGUUUGCUACCUACGCUGACAUGAAGAACGCACUCCACCGCCUGGACGGGAAGGACCUGCAUGGCCGACGGAUCCGCCUGGUGGAUGAGUCAAAGUCACGCAGCUCCCGAAGGUCACGGCGAUCCAGGUCAAGGUCAUCCUCUCGCUCCAGGUCGCGCUCCAGGUCACGUUCCAGAUCCAGCAGGUCCCGCUCUCACUCCAGAUCCCGCAGCCGCUCCAGGUCCAGGAGCGGCGGACACAGCAAGAAGCGAAGGUCGAAGUCCAAGUCCCGUUCCAAGUCUGGGUCGCGGUCCAGGUCACGGUCCGGCUCCGACAGGUCCAAGUCCAGAUCCAGGUCCAGAUCUCGCUCCAGGUCAAGAUCCCGCAGUGCGUCUCCGGAGAAGAGAAAAUCACGUAGUCGCUCGAAAUCUGCAGAGGCGGAGUCAGAAUCGGAGGAGGAGAAGUAGGAAGGCUGGUGUGGGUUGGUGUGGGAUGCCAUGUUCUUCCUCCACCCUGUUCUCUUAGUACAAUUGAGUGUGUGUCCCUCUAAGGCAAGUGUGAGAGGAGUGUAUGGCUGCGGAACAGGCUAAAUACUAUAUUUUUGGGGUGUAUUUACCUUCUAUGGGGUCGGCAGGGGUUCGGAAAAGUGUCCUGUUGCUGCUGCUGCCUCUGCGGGGGCCUGAGAUGCAGCUUGUGGGGGGGGAGGGGGGAAUGCAGCACGUACAGCAGGUUACUUAGCUGGUGUUACAGUGGUGUGUGGUGGUGAGUGGUGGUUUGCUUCCAGUGAAUCAUUUUGGUGUGUUUUUGUAAGAUUGUAGUGUGGUAGACUGUGGUGGUGGUGGUGGUGAUGCUGGAGUUGAAUCUGCCUCUUGAAUGUGUUAAGAUUUGGUGUCCAUUGUUGGUGUGUUUCAUAUGUUGGCACAGAAUCAUUUCACUCUACAAUGUUUAGUGUUUCCAUAACUGACUGUGUGUGUGUGUGUGUGAGUGAGUGAGUGAGGGACAAGCACAGUGAAGGUGUAUGUAUGUAGCUUUGAUAUACUGUUUUGAAUAUCUCCAUAUUGUUCUAUCAAUUGUUUGGAUGUUGCUACACCACACCACCAAUACACCACCACCACCACCACAAUCUGUCUUUGUUUUCAGUGGUUUUGUAAAUAUUGUAUGUAACUCAGAACAACAACAUAACUUCAAUGAUGAUAAUAAUAACACACACAUUUCUCUGUAUAGCAUUGUAACACACACACACACACACACACACAUGCACUCUAUUGUUGAUAAAAGCCAUAUUUGAUUCCUUACUAGCUGCAGUGCAAUAAUUCAGUGUACAUAGCAAGCCAAAUCAUUUAGUGAGUGUUGAGGCAGGAAAGGUGUUGCAUUUAUGUGUGAGGCAGGCUGGUGUGUGUAUGUGGGGUGGUGUGGUGUGGUGGUGUGUGGUUGCUGCUGCUGCUGCUGCUGGACCUUUCUGUACUGUAGCUUGUACUGUCCCAAGCCUUCUCUAUCGUAAGACGCUUCUGAUCAAAAUAACUACACAGACAAAUUUUAAGGUUUUUAAGAGCAGUGACUGUUGCUUGUGUAGGACAUGACUAUUGCUACUAUGUAUAAAUACUAUAAAGUUUUGGUUUCAAUACACUUCACCUUCAAACGA